AUGCCAGGAGGAAAGAAAAAAUUAUACGCAGUAGCACGGGGCCUUAAAUUAGGAAUAUUCGAAGAAUGGUCAACUGUAGAGAGACUUACGAAAAAAGUCAAAGAUUGUAGAUUCAAAUCCUUUAAUGGACCGGAUGCUUUUGGAGCAGCUAUAGGCUUUUUGAAAAUAAAUGGAGUAACGUUUGAUAUCAAAGAAUGUGAGCUAAAUAAAGAGUUUGAUCCCGUAGAAUCAGAACACGAAACUAGUUAUAAAGCUAGAUUACGUGGCCAUGUGGGUGAAAAUAAGCAGGAAGAUACGAUCACAAUUGAAGUAGAGAAUACAGAGGAUGAAGAAUGUAUUGAAAUUGAGGUGGAAAAUAAAGCAAAACAAGGUGAUGACGAUAUAGUAAAUAAGGAUGAUGAGAAGAAUGUGACAACAGGGAGUAAACAUGAAGUAAAUAAAGUUAUUGAACGUGAAAAUACAAAAGAAAUUUCAAGAGAAAGCCCGAAUGAAGGAGAAAAUUGCAAGGGGAAUAUCGAAGAACAAUGCAUCAAUCGUAUGAAUACUUUAGAGGCAAAUAUGGUUGUAAACAAUAUGGAGACUAGUUACAUGAAAGGACAAAUGAACGAAAUACAAAAAUCGUUAAAUGAAAUAUUGCCAACGUUGAAAAGUAUGACAAUAAUCAAAAAAGAUGUACUAGAAAAUGAGAAGAAAAACAAGGAAAUAGAAACGUACAGAUCCAAAUUUGAAAAAUUGAGUAUUGAAAACGAAACUUUGAAAGGUAAGCUGAAACAAAAAGAGAUGGAAUACGACAUAUUAGAAUCUACAAAAGAAAACAUGGAAAAAGAAAUGGAUGAACUUCAAGUACAGUUUAGGAAGAAAGAUAAAGAGGUCAGAGAUUUACAGCGUAACAAAGAUGAAAUAGAGGAUAGAAUUUGUGUUCGUAUAGAUGAGAUUGAAGAACUCCUGCAAACGAAGGAAAAGACGCUCAUCGAAAAAAAUGUUAUAAUCAAGGAAAAGGAGAAAAUGAUUAUAAGAUUAGAAGACAGGUUAGAAAAUAUGAAGCUGGAGUAUGAAAGAAAUGGAGAGCAAUGGAAAACAGCACAAACAAAAAAACAAACAGACGAACAUAUGUAUGCCAAUGAUACAGCGAACAAGAAAGAGGGAGAUAGCAGGGAGGAAUCCAGUUUCAUUUUCACACAUGAUUCAAUCGCCAAAUAUCUCGAUAUCAGACGAUGGGCUCAAGAUCUGAGACUGGACUCUCACAAUGUAAAACAAUACGCUACAUAUACGUUACAGGGUACAAAAGAAAAACUCGAAAAUGUCCGUACCACAGUUACCACUAACACAACGAUAGUAAACCACACGGGAAUAAACGACAUAAGACAGCAUGGAAGCCCAGAAACGGCUGCAGACGAAUAUAUAGAAUGGGCGAGAAACACGGCAAAAGACUGCAAGAAUCUCAUUAUAUCUUUACCAUGCCCGACGGAAGAUAGACGAUUAAAUGAGGACAUCGCAAUAUUUAAAGAUCGUAUAACCCAGGGACUUAAGAACACUGAAAAAGUACAUUUCAUUAUGAACCACGAAUUUGGAGAUAAAGAUGGCUUUCUAAACCGACAAUACAAAGAAUUCGGGAAAACACACUGCCAUUUGAAUAAAUACGAAGGGACAUACUUAUUAGCCGGCAACAUCAAGUACAAAGUACAAUAUGUGAUGGGUAUCCCGAGAGUUAAAAGGGAUAGUGCACAAAACAGGCGACAGUUCAUGGACAAUGACACGAAAAACAUACAACCUUUCACACACAGAUGGGAGGUAGACCGAAAUAGGGGGAGAAACACCAAUGAAGAUAGAAGAGGAGAUACGAUAAACGGUAGAUGGCCCAACGAUCGAGAAAAUAGAUCUGACAAGAGGUUUGAUAGAACCGAGCACGUAUAUGAGAGUCGCGACGAGUGUCAAGGCCAGGGUAGUUUAGAUCUCUUGAUUGAAGCUCUAAAUAAGGUUGUACAGAACAGGCGCUGAAUAUACAAUAAUUCAGUGCUACGUUAAGAACGAUAUUCAGUUCUGACAUGAAAGACAAACAUGUUAUAGUUAUUUUUUAUUUUUUGUUUUUGUUUCUAUAGCUGUAAGGUUUAUUAAGAUAUAUUCGAUGCAUGACUUUAUUAAGUAUAAUUACAGUUGAUUUGCAUGAAAACUGCAAGUGUGUACUUGAAAAGAAAAAAGUAUAGUUGUACUUGAAAAGAAAAAGUAUAGUUGAAAAACACUUCAUGAGUAGAUUUUCUGGUUAGCUGAACAUAAUAACAUAUAUUCAUAGUUUAUAAUAGAACAGACAUGGUUAUAUCUAACGUCGAGGUAGCAUCAUAUAAUGUACAUGGUCUCUUUAAAAGGGAGGAUGGAAGUCGAUU